GGUGAGCUGAGCACCCACAUUUCCUCCGAUGGUGCUGCCCGAGUCCGCGCACGGGGCCGAGACCACAGCGGCGGGACUCUUGACUCAGCCUCUUGGGAGCUGAAGCCACAAGACAUGUCCCGACCAAGACACCCCGUGGCGGCAGAGGCUUAGCAUGGGCUGAGCGCUGGACCCGCACGCAGGAGGGCAGAAAUGGGCUCCUGGCGGGGGCUCAGGCAGUCAGGCGCAGCCCGGAGAGGCCUGGGCAUUUGGAGCAGGGCCGGGACAAGGCCCUGCUGGCGUGCGUGAAGCGGGGAGCCCUGCCCGCCAUGGCCCAGAGGCUGUGGGGGAGCCGCGUGCUGCGGCAUCGGAAGGCCCAGCUCCUGCUGGUCAACCUGCUGACCUUUGGCCUGGAGGUGUGCCUGGCCGCCGGCAUCACCUACGUGCCCCCGCUGCUGCUGGAAGUCGGGGUCGAGGAGAAGUUCAUGACCAUGGUGCUGGGUAUUGGUCCAGUGCUGGGCCUGGUCUCAGUCCCGCUCCUGGGCUCGGCCAGUGACCGCUGGUGUGGGCGCUACGGCCGCCGGAGGCCCUUCAUCUGGGCCCUGUCGCUGGGGGUGCUGCUGAGCCUCUUCCUCAUCCCGCGGGCUGGCCGGCUGGCAGGGCUGCUGUGCGCGGACCCCAGACCCCUGGAGCUGGCGCUGCUCAUCUUGGGCGUGGGGCUGCUGGACUUCUGCGGCCAGGUGUGCUUCACCCCCCUGGAGGCCCUGCUCUCCGACCUCUUCCGGGACCCAGACCACUGUCGCCAGGCCUUCUCCGUCUACGCCUUCAUGAUCAGCCUGGGGGGCUGCCUGGGCUACCUGCUGCCGGCCAUUGACUGGGACAGCAGCGUGCUGGCCCCCUACCUGGGCACGCAGGAGGACUGCCUCUUCGGCCUGCUCGCUCUCAUCUUCCUCACCUGUAUGGCAGCUACGCUGUUUGUGACCGAGGAGGCCGUCCUGGGCCCGGCGGAGCCCGCAGAGGGGCUGGCGGGGCCCUCCUGGCUGCUCCACUGCUGCCCGUGCCGUGCCCGCCUGGCCGUGCGGAACCUGGGCGCCCUGUUCCCCCGGCUGCACCAGCUCUGCUGCCGCGUGCCCCGCACCCUGCGCCGGCUCUUCGUGGCCGAGCUGUGCAGCUGGACGGCCUUCAUGACCUUCACACUCUUCUACACAGACUUUGUGGGCGAGGGGCUGUACCAGGGCGUGCCCAGGGCCGAGCCAGGCACCGAGGCCCGGAGGCACUACGAUGAAGGGGUCCGGAUGGGCAGCCUGGGACUCUUCCUGCAGUGCACCAUCUCCUUGCUCUUCUCUCUGGUCAUGGAUCGGCUGGUGCAGCGGUUCGGCACCCGCGCCAUCUACCUGGCCAGCGUGGUGGCGUUCCCCGUGGCCGCCGGCGCCACCUGCCUGUCCCGCAGCAUGGCGGUGGUGACCGCCUCAGCCGCCCUCACUGGCUUCACCUUCUCCGCCCUGCAGAUCCUACCCUACACCCUGGCUUCCCUGUACCACCGGGAGAAGCAGGUGUUCCUGCCCAAGUACCGAGGCGAUGCUGGAGGUGGCGCCAGUGAGGACAGCCUGCUGACCAGCUUCUCCCCGGGCCCCAAGGCCGGGUCUCCCUUCCCCAACGGACACUCGGGGGCCAGCCUUCCACCCGCCCCGGCACUCUGCGGAGCCUCUGCCUGUGACGUCUCCACGCGGGGGGUGGUGGGCGAGCAGCCCGAGGCCAGGGUCGUUCCAGGCCGGGGCAUCUGCCUGGACCUGGCCAUCCUGGACAGCGCCUUCCUACUGUCGCAGGUGGCCCCGUCCCUCUUCAUGGGCUCCAUCGUCCAGCUCAGCCAGUCCGUCACGGCUUACAUGGUAUCGGCCGCAGGCCUGGGGCUGGUCGCCAUUUACUUUGCGACACAGGUGGUAUUUGACAAGACCGACUUGGCCAAAUACUCGGUGUAGAGUGCUCUCUCUGCCCAGAGAAGGGCCUGCCUCCCCGGGUCCCGGCCCCCCCAAUUCUAGCCUCUGAGAGCCCGUCAGGGUCUGUUGCUGCCAAAGUGGUGUGGCCCUCUGCUGCCACCGUGUGGCGGAGAGGGGCACAGCUGCACAGGCCAGGGUGAAGGGCGAGGCCCCUGGGGCCUCUCCCGCGAGCUUCAGUCAGCACUUCUCGACAGGGAGGCCAGAGGGCAGGACAGUUGACUAGCGCCGUGCACUGGAAUGCAAGACUCGGUCGGGGUCUUACCCAGGCUCAGGGGUACCAGCUUAGUGUCUUGAUAGGACAGACCAGGGAAGGAACUUGGGAGCUGAGUGAACUCAGCCACCACAUCCCCCAGAGUCCCCGUCUUCCGCAGUUUCCCCAAUGUUGCUCUUGCUUGGGAGUUUCUGCUGUGAAACUUUCCUCAAUAGGAUUUGAGAUUAUGGAGGUUCGUGGGAAGAGUCCCUGGUCCUGCAGAGCUGCUGCCCCCACCCUCCUCCCCCCCCCCCCAGCCCUGCAGUACUACCCUCUCCAUCCCAACCCUGCCUCCUCUUUGCUGGGCCCUGUGUUGCCAACCAAUGGGUGGCCUUUAAUCUUUUAUUAUUAUUAUUAUUAUUAUUAUUAUUAUUAUUAUUUGGGGGGGGGUGUCACACCGGCAAUGCUCAGGGGUAACUCCUGGCCCUGCACUCAGGAAUUACUCCUGGUGAUGCUCCAGGGACCAUGUGGGAUGCCGGGGGAUCAAAUCCGGGUCGGCCAAGUGCAAAGCAAGCGCCCUACCCACUGUACCAUUGCUCCAGCCCCAGGCCUUUAAUAAUUUAACUUAUUUAAGUCACGGGGAACUGACUCCCAGCUCUGCCAUGUGGGUGCCUACCAGUUGGGUGAGGUUAGAUUUCCCCGUUGCCCGUGUCCCUGAAAGAUCUGGUUAGUGGGUAGAGCAUUGCCAGAAUCCUUCCCAGCCUCAAGCUGCCGAACCAGGAGCUUAGAAGCUCUGCGCCCCCCACCCCCAAAUGAUCCCCGAAUCUCAUUGCUCCAGGCUAUGGGGCUCCCCACCCCUCUCUCUCUCUCUCUCUCUGGGACAGCUGAUGAGCUGCUUCCCGCCUUCCCCCACAAGCUCCCCUGCCUUGGGUCUGUUGAGGACCAGAAGCACAGAUGUGGGUCCUCUGACCUUCCUCCAGACACGUCUGUGCUCGGGGAGGCUUGCACAGAAACUCAGGAGCACCCCCUGACUGGGCAAAGAGGUUUUUCUCUCUGGGGGGUUUAAGUGCCGUUUGCAAUAAUGUAAUGUCUUAUUUAUUUAGUGGAGUAAAUAUUUUAUACUGUAUGUGAGCAAUCAGAAUAUGUUUAUGGUGAUGAAAUUAAAGGCUUAUAUGUUUAA